AUGGUUGAUUCAGGAAAGGAAGUUAGUGGACCAGAGGGGUAUGGCAACGGCAUUAAUGGGGAAUCACCCAAUGUUGAAACUAAUUUAGAUUCUCAUUCCGGUGGAGGAGUGCGAUGUGUUGAUAAGUUGCAAGGAAGAGGUGAUGGGAAUAUUGAAGCACAUGUUGAUAUGGAAACCGGAGUGGAAACACUCGAAGGAAUUGUUGAGGAGGUUGGGAUGGAAGGUGCAUUGAAUCUGGAUUUUAAGAGGAGGGUGUUUGAAAUGGCUGUGAACCAUCAGCCGUCGAUAAUGGUUAUAACAGAGACUAGAGUAGAGGGUAGCAGAGCUGAGAAGAUAAUUGAAGUGCUUCCAUUUUAUGGCUUUAUCACCACGGAAACUAUUGGGUACGCGGGUGGAUUAUGGAUUUUGUGGAGAAGAGAAGAUGCGGAAGUUAAUCUGUUAUCUGCUAUAGAACAGGAAAUACAUGUGACGAUAAAGAUCGUUAGAGAAGCCUGGCCGGAAGGUGCUAAUUUAAAAGUGGCCACUACUGAUUUUAUUAAGAAGGCUAAGAAAUGGAAUUUUGAGGUUUUUGUCCAACUUAUUGAAGAGUACUCCUCUAUUUUGCUUCAAGAAGAGGAGUUUUGGGCCCUUAAGUCUAGGAUUAAUGCUGCUGCCUUUGGGGACCGAAACACAUCUUAUUUUCAUAUGAAUAUGGUGGUGAGGAGGCAAAGAAAUAAAAUAAGGUGUUUGAAGGAUGGUAUGGGUGAAUGGAUAGUUGAGGAAGAGGCAGAGAAGGAGCAUAUUUUAAAGGGGUUUAUGAAGCUUUAUGCUAUGGGUUUGGAGAUGUCCUACAGAUGCUCCACUGUUUCUGAGUUCUCCGGUAGUUUUCUCUCUGAAGCAUAUAGGAGUUGGACGGGAAGGGAAGUGGUGGAUGAAGAUGUGAGGAGUGGUUUGUGGGCUUUGAGGCCUUUUAAAGCACUAGGGCUGGAUGGGAUCCAUGCUAGCUUCUAUCAGCAUUUUUGGCAUGAGGUGGGGAACUCAGUUUGUGAGGAGGUGAAAAAGAUUUUCAGGGAUGGUAUGGUUCCGGACCAGCUUAAUGAGACACUUGUGACAUUAAUUCCGAAAUGUAAAAGCCCUGAGUCCCUGAAUAAUUAUAGACCGAUUAGCCUUUGCAACUCAGUUUAUAAAAUUGUUUCUAAGAUUCUAGUGGAGAGGAUCAAACCGUAUCUUAAUAAGCUUGUUUCCCCUAUCCAAACAGCAUUUGUGCCGGGAAGGAAAGGAUUAGAUAACAUUUUAGUCGCUCAAGAGCUUUUCUAUGCGUUGGAUAAUAAAAAAGGCAAGGAGGGGUAUAUGGCCAUUAAAGUUGAUUUGGAGAAAGCGUAUGAUAGAAUGGAGUGGUGUUUUAUACACAAAGCUCUAUGUGCUUUCCAUUUUCCUCAAAAUCUGAUUAAGGUAAUAAUGAGUUGUGUCACCUCCACCAAGGUGUCUAUUUUGUUUAAUGGAGGGAAGUUGGAAGCUUUUAGUCCUUCAAGAGGUCUUCGACAAGGAGAUCCUUUAUCGCCGUAUCUCUUUAUCUUGUGCAUGGAGUACUUAGGCCAUUUAAUUGAGAAGAAAUGUAUGGAGGGAGUGUGGAAGCCUUUGAAAGCCUCGAGAGAAAAUAUUGGUAUCUCCCACCUCUUUUUUGCGGAUGAUUUACUUCUAUUUGCUAAAGUAGAUGAGGAUGCUUGUGAAGCUAUAUCGGAAGUGUUGGAUGAAUUUUGUGAGGAGUCGGGUCAAAAAGUGAGUAUGGAGAAGUCAAGAAUCUACUUUUCCCCUAAUGUGCAAGCCGAAAUUAAGAGCGGAGUCUGCUCAAGGUUGGGAAUUCAAGCCACGACAAAUAUUGGGAAUUAUCUUGGAUUCCCAAUCAAACAUAAAGGGGUUCCAAGAAAUAGAAUGAACUUUAUAGUUGAGAGAGUUAUGAGCAAGUUGGCUAGUUGGAAGACUAGAUUCCUUUCAUUUGCAGGCAGAUCGGUUUUAGUGAAAUCAGUCAUGUCUACUAUGCCGAAUUAUGUAAUGCAGGCCGCUGUCCUUCCUGCUCACCUUUGUGACAAAUUGGAUAAAAUUAAUCGGGACUUCUUGUGGGGUUCAACUAGUGAAAAGAGAAGACUUCAUUUGGUAGGGUGGAGUAAGAUUAUUAGGCCGAAGGAAGAGGGAGGACUUGGAAUUCAAGCUGCGAAAAUCAAGAACUUGGCAUUAUUAGCAAAGUUUAAUUGGAGGCUGAAUCAGGAAAAAGAAAGUCUAUGGGCUAAGGUUAUUCUGAAGAAGUAUUGUUCAACGGAUAGAAGGAGAGCUAGAGACCCGGAGAAGUUGCCAUGUUCUCCAAAUUGGAGAGCCAUAAAAGCUGGGUUUCAGACCUUCGCUGAGAGUAUUUGUUGGGGGGUGGGGAAUGGAGAAAGAAUUAAGAUUUGGGCGGAUAGUUGGAUAAGGGGAUGCUCAUUGAGAGAACUGAUUGAAGGCCCUUUGACUCCAAGGGAGAUGGAUAUGAAGUUGUCAGAUUUAUUUCUUGAUUCGGAGCAAGGGUGGAAGUGGGAUGCUAUAUCCUUUGAGUUGCCGGUUUGUAUUAAAGAUAGGAUUAAAGUUAUUCCAAGGCAACUGGUUGGAAGAGGAGAAGAUGUGAUUAUGUGGAAGCGUACUAAGGAUGGAGAGUUUACUACUAAUUCUGCCUAUGCUUGGCUGAAUGGACCCCAACAAGAGGAGACUAAUUUCCAAGGGCAGUGGAUAUGGAAGAUAGAUAUGUUGCCAAGGAUUAUUAAUUUUCUUUGGCUGUGUAUGCAUGAAAGUUUGCCUGUUAGAUCGGUUUUGGCUAGGAGGGGAAUAACAUGGGAGAGUUGCUGCCCUUUAUGUAACAAUUUUCCGGAAACUAUUAGUCAUUUAUUGAAAGAGUGUGUGGUGGCAAAAAAUUUCUGGUUUAAACUUAGAGUCCCCCAUGAUAUGGUUAGUUCUUUUGCUGAUAUGGACUUGAUUGAAUGGCUAAAAGUUAAUUGCCAAAGUAAGACGUUACAUUACUCUUUUGUGCCGUGGUCUUAUGUUUUUUCAUUUGCUAUUUGGAAUUUGUGGAAACAUAGAAAUGGUAUGGUGUUUAAUAAUAAUAUUGUCAAUGGAAGCUUAGAUAUUGUUAGUAAAAAUCAAGCCUUGGAAUAUUACUACUGUGUGGGUAAGGCUAGGAGUAAGAAGAAUAUGGUGGUUUGUAAUGUCAGGUGGGAAAAACCUCCCUUAGGAUGGUGUAAAUUAAAUACUGAUGGGGCUUCCUUUGGCAAUCCGGGAAGGGCAGGAGGAGGGGGUGUGAUAAGAGAUAGUGAGGGUAGAUGGUUGAAAGGCUUUGCUCGGUCUAUUGGCUUCACAACCAGCAUUACAGCAGAAUUUUGGGCUUUAAGGGAUGGUUUAUUGCUGGUUGUCCAAAUGGGAGUGCAGAAGCUUGUGAUUGAAUUAGAUGCUAAGGUGGUAGUUGAGCUGGUGCAGUCUUACUCUCCUUCUAAUGCAUUUUAUUCUUCAUUGUUGGCUGAUUGUAGGUCGCUUCUAGACAAGUUUCAGCACUACAGGGUGCAGCACGCAUUCAGGGAAGUGAAUAAAGUUGUUGAUGCUAUGGCUAAGUUAGGUGGAGUGGUGCAAGAUCAUUUUGUAGUUUGGGAUAUUCCCCUAUCUAAUGUAAUAUCAACUUUUGUGUAUUCUGAUACUAAUGAGGAAAGUAUAUGUAGGCUUGCUGCCUCUAACUUAGCCAUUUUGGCUUAG